CGGAACUCUCGAACAGAGGAUAAUUAGAAAAAAGUCACUAGCGAGAGGGAGAAAAGGUCCAAAUACACUCCAAUACGAAUUAACCCUUAUGCGGAGUUAGAUCAACAACAACAAAAGAGGGAGGUGGAGGUGGAGGUGGAGGUGGAGGAGAUGGGAAGAGCCUCUUCUCCGUUUCGCCUCCUCUUCUAGGUUUUUGGGUUUGGGUUUCCGUGGUGUUUCGUUGUUGAAGCUCCUACGAGGUGUUUUCGAUUUGAUCCGCAUUGUGGUCUCCUACACUCGCCUCUGAGUAUCAAGCAUUGGAUAAUCUAUUGAAUGGAAGAUGUUGAUUGUUUCAAGGAUCCGACAUCUCGGAUUUGUGUUCUUCUUUAUCUGGAGGGGAGGAGCAUGUAUAAUAGACUUGUAAAAAUCCGCGACAAGUUAGUGUUGCAGAGUAUUUGAGCAAGCAUCAACUGAAGAUAGUGAAAAAAGGUGUAGACAUGUCUAUCGGAAUCCUUAGAUAGUUAUUUUACUAGCAAAAGGACAAGAAAAGCUUCCUCUUCGAUGGAUAGGCAUGGUGAUCAGAAGAGACCGGAAUCCGGGAGCAACAUUUUCCGCAGACUAAUUUGUAGACAAAUUUCGUGUGAUUCUUUCUCCGAUAAAGAGAAGGUCCCCUGUAACACUCCUAGAAGGUCCUUGGAAUCAAGAGUUGAUUGUUCAUUACGCCAAAUGGCUUCAAAUUCUGUAACUAAUGGAACUUCCUUAAUGGGCUCUAGCGAAUACGUGCGAGACCCCAGUUCUAUUUUAAGUUUGCAGCCAUGGAUUUUUAAAAGAGAGAAUUCUCAGAUAAACGAAGAAAACAUGGACCCAAAUGGUGAUUUUUCCGAUAAAUAUGCGUACGAAAUGAAUGGUUUUACAGAUGCUUCCAUGGCUGAGGCUUCUCCAAGGAGUGUUAGUCUUGGAUAUAGUUCGGGUAGAGGUCAAAGCUCUCUUAGAAGCAGGCGGUCUCGCAGAAAUACUACAAAGCCACUUACCUCUAUGGAGAAUAGCCUCAUUCCUCAGCUUUACAAUGAGAAUUUCGAGAUAGAAGAGUAUGUGUACAGUUCAUUUUCCUCCCCGAGAGCAGUAGCUGCAAGGCCAUUUAUUGUAACAGAUGGGAGCAAAAUAAUUAGCAAGUCCGGAUAUGAACCUUCAGUUGUACCAUUUAAUUUUGGCUUGCAUAAGGACAAUGAGGUUGAUAGUUUGAGAGUAAAAGUGCCCUUGUUUGGGUUUUCUCCUCUUCCUGAGCUAAGGAAGAUGAAACGGAAGAGCAGGGAAAGGGAGCAAGUAUUGGACUCAUCUAGUUCUCAUAGAUUGAGCAAGCACUCACAUUCACAAGAUUUAUUUGAUAGAACGCUUCUUUUCUCUCUUGGAAUCAGCAUCGGCAUCUUAUUCUCUGCUUUGUCAAAUAAUAAGGAGGUGGAAAAAUUAAAUACCAGGUUAAAGCGCACAGAGAAUUUGGUUCAAGAUCUACAAGAGGAAUUGGAGAUGAAAGAUUCGCUCGUUGUUGAGGAACUGCCCCGAGAAGCUUGUGGAAGCCAGAGAGAUGAACAAGCAAAACCACACUUGCCUGAGGUUGAGUCAAUGAGCAAAAUCGAAGCGGAGCUUCAAGCUGAACUUGAGAGAUUGGAACUGAAUAUGAAUGCUAACAGCCUGGAGAGAAGAUCAUCUGAUCUUGAGGAGGUUGAUCAAGAGCUCAUAGGUGAUGUUAUUCACGGAGAACUAAGAGCGGAUAAGCUCUUUAAACAAACAGAUAUUACAAGCGGGGGAGAUAAAGAUCGAGACAGCAAAGCCAGUUCCACAGGAGGUGUGCACGAUACCAACUACUCGGUUUGUCCGAAAGAAUUAAGCUUACGCCUCCACGAGGUGAUCCAGCACAGACUAGAAGAAAGAAUCAAGGAACUCGAAGAAUCGCUUUCCCAAAGCCUCAAGCAGCUGCAGUUGAUAGAAGCCGAAAAAGUCCUUUCAGAUAGAACAUUUUCAAACAGUGAUAUGGGUUCGUCUUCCAACUGGGAGAGUCCGACUUUGAUUCGAAGAGACAGCGAUUCGAUUCAACCAUUCUGUUUAAAUCUAGCUGGAGAUGCACUAGAUGCUUAUAAGGAAGCUUACAAUGAGUUCAUGCGAAUGGCCGAUUCAGAAGGGAAUCUGCCCACUGAUUCUGCAAAUAUUAGGGACGAAUAUGGGAAUGAAUUAAGUCAUGCGGAUCGGAGUUUAAUUUGGGGAUUGGAAGAGGGUCGAAAAGAUAGUGUGAUAAUGCCUCCAUGGGAGGAGGUGUUGAAGAGCAGGGAAUUGAAUGACACUCGUGAGAGUGAUGGAGAUGAGGAAGAGGAGUAUGAAGAUGAUGAGAGUAAGUUAUUAAUCCAACAGAUUGUAGAGAGAGCAAGAGAUGGCUCACCUGUAUUGUUGCAUGCUCAAAGAAUAUUGUUUUCAGCAGAUGAGUAAUUAAACCCUAGCGAAGGAAAUAUCUAAUUGAUUGUAUUUGUAAGUUCCAUCUGUCUCAAUUGUUUUGUGAAGCAUAUUAGAAUGUAGAACAUGAAAAGGCAAAGCAAAUUAUUCAUAUUGUCACAA